CAGGGAUGGAAACGGAACGGAAGAAGCUGAUCUGACAGAACCGUUGGUAACGUUUCCGGACCCGGACACACCACCACCCUCCACGGGAACGGUCACAUUAACGGGAGGUUCGCCCUCUCAAUUAAGGGACUUGAAUUCGUUGAACAAUCUUCACAGUAUGAGCCCUCCAAUCAGUAUAUCGAACAUAUCGAACAUGACGAACCUACCUGCUGGACAGGAGACGAUGAAAUUCGAGCAGAAAAAGAUGACCAGCGCAUCCAAGACUAAGGUUGUCACAGAUGGAUUCAGUGCCGAGAAGGCAACCGCGAAUAGCGCAGAGAUGAGAGCUUUACAGGCUGGCGACGUUUCCUACAAAGAGCAAAGCGCUGCGACGGCGGCCAGGGCGCGUGUCGAACUCGACGGCGUAUCCGCGGAGAAGAGCGUCGCCGCUGCAAGGGAGCAGAGAAGCCUGAAAGCUGGCGAUUUAUCUCAUCAGGAAAGCAAUAACAUGGCUGCGUCCACUAUGAAAUUACAAAGCGAUUCUUUCAGUUCAGAAAAGAAAGCCAUGGCGGCGCAGCAGCAGAGGCAAACGGUCACCUCGACCGGAAUAUUUAACCACGAGAAACACAUCUCAGCAGCUAGUUCUCAAUCGAGCAUCACGAUAGCUUCGAAGGGUGUCACGUCUUCUAUGAUAAGUGCAGCUAGUGCAGUGAAUCAAUUGAUGAAUGGCAUGAGACCAGCGGAAGAUGAACUUCUAUCUUUGCCUUUGGACGAUCUGGACCUCCUUUGUUCGAAGUCGAAUCCUCAGGACGUCGAUCGAGCCAUCGACAAGUAUUCGAGUUUCUUGGGCAGUUUCGUGGAACGUUUAAAAGACAGUAAAAACGGGAAAGCGCCACUGCUGUUGAACAGAGUCAACGAGAUAAUCAGGAAGGCCUGGGCAGUGCCUACUCAUGGUCACGAAUUGGGAUACAGCCUGUGCAACACUCUCAGAAUGAGAGGCGGUCUCGAUUUGCUGAUGUCGAAUUGCAUUGCCAACGAUAAGGACUUGCAAUUCUCCUCGGCCAGAUUGCUGGAACAGUGUCUGACCACGGAGAACAGGGCGCACGUAGUGGAACACGGGUUGGAAAAGGUGGUGAACGUAGCGUGCGUUUGCACGAAGAACGCGAACUCGGUGGACCACUCGAGAGUAGGCACCGGCAUUCUGGAACAUCUGUUCAAACAUAGCGAGGGUACCUGCAGCGACGUGAUUAGGCUAGGCGGUUUGGACGCUGUCCUGUUUGAAUGUAGAAAAAACGAUGUUGAAACAUUGAGGCAUUGCGCCGGUGCACUCGCCAAUCUGUCUCUGUACGGUGGUGCGGAAAACCAGGAAGCCAUGAUCAAGAGGAAGGUACCUAUGUGGCUAUUUCCUUUAGCUUUCCACAAUGACGAUAACAUCAAGUACUAUGCUUGCUUGGCGAUAGCUGUGCUAGUAGCUAACAAGGAGAUAGAGGCUGCGGUACUGAAGUCCGGCACCUUAGAUCUUGUCGAACCGUUUGUCACUUCGCACAAUCCUUACGAGUUCGCCAAAUCGAAUCUAGCACACGCGCAUGGUCAAAGUAAAAAUUGGCUCGAGAGGCUGGUCCCCGUUUUGAGCUCGAAAAGGGAGGAGGCUAGAAACCUAGCGGCUUUCCACUUCUGCAUGGAAGCGGGUAUCAAGAAACAGCAGGGUAACACGGAAAUAUUUCGAGCGAUUGGCGCGAUCGAACCUCUGAAAAAAGUAGCCAGCUGCCCCAACGCGAUCGCUUCCAAAUACGCGGCGCAGGCGUUGCGUUUGAUCGGAGAAGAGAUCCCACACAAGCUCAGCCAGCAAGUGCCUCUUUGGUCCACGGAGGACGUCCGAGAGUGGGUGAAACAGAUCGGGUUCGCGGAGUGCGCCCAGAAUUUCGUAGAAAGCAGAGUCGACGGUGAUUUGCUAUUGCAAUUGACAGAGGAAAAUCUCAAGGAGGACAUCGGACUGACGAACGGCAUCAGGCGGAGAAGAUUUACUAGGGAACUACAGAAUCUUAAGAAGAUGGCAGACUACAGUAGCAGAGACACCGGGAAUUUAAACAGUUUCUUACAAUCUAUCGGCCAGGAAUUUUCGAUCUACACAUAUAGUAUGCUCAACGCCGGCGUUGACAAGGACUCGAUUAGGAACUUAUCCGAAGAUCAGUUGUUAACCGAGUGCGGUAUAGCGAACAGUAUCCACCGUUUAAGGAUAUUAGACGCCAUCAAGAACAUGCAAUACAAUCAGUUGGGCUCCUCGGAAGAUGAGUCGCCGGACAAAUCGUUGGACGUGUUCGUUAGUUACAGAAGAUCGAACGGGUCUCAGUUAGCCAGUCUUUUGAAAGUUCAUUUGCAACUGCGUGGCUUUUCUGUAUUCAUCGAUGUCGAAAGGCUAGAAGCUGGCAAGUUCGAUAACAAUUUGCUGCAGAGCAUCAGGCAAGCGAAACACUUUCUCCUUGUGCUCACGCCCAAGGCUUUGGAAAGGUGUAUACAGGACAGUGAGUGCAAAGAUUGGGUCCACAGAGAAAUCGUAGCAGCUCUACAGUCACAGUGCAAUAUAAUUCCCAUCAUAGACAAUUUCCAAUGGCCAGAGCCAGAAGAACUCCCUGAAGACAUGCGAGCGGUUUGUCACUUCAAUGGUGUGCGAUGGAUCCACGACUACCAAGAUGCUUGCGUAGACAAGCUUGAAAGGUUUAUGCGAGGCGAAAUACCUGCCAGAUCGGAUAUUCCAAGGGGCAUCGCAACCAAAGACGUGACUCAACCGAAUACACCAGGCAACACUAACAUUCGACAACCACCGAACUAUCAACGCAUGCACAGCAACGAAAGCAGGGGCAGUGACAAAGAUUCGACAGGGGGUCGAGAUUGACUAGAGGGCCCGCCCACGGCCAUACCGAGCAGGCUUAAAAAAUCGUCGAGUCCGUCCCGUUGGUUAAUGGGUUUGCCACCUACGUCUCCGCGGUUGAAAUUCACCCAUACACAUCUCGGGGGGAGUCCGGUGCCGCGACGACCUCCACGUCACCCACCUUCUCCAUCUGCAAGAUCUCGUUCCUUGGAGUUGCUCGAUCAUGAAGAGAAAAAAUCAGUUUCACCGGCCAGAGAACCAGAAGUGCAAGCGAGGCCGAGGUCUAGAAGUUUAGAUGGCCUGCUGGACGAAGACGGAAUAGUUCCAGAAAUUAAGACUGAAGAACCACCUAAACUGAACGACGGAAGCAAUACUGAAACUGAAACGUCUUUGAAAACUUCGGACAAACACACUAAUAAAAUAAGAGAUGACGCUGUCCAAAUUUCAUCGCAAGGAAUUGAGAGUAAUGCUGACAAUCAAGAACCAAUAUUACCCGGAGAUCAAAAUCCGAUACCAAUUCCUAGGCACCGGAUAAAACCAAUUUCAGAAACUCAAUUGGAGUUAGUCAGUAUAGGACAAUCAGAGGAUAAGGAGAAGUCAUUAAAACUUGAGGCCAACAGCGAAAAGGAAGCGCAGCAUCCGCCGGCACGACCACCGAAACCGAAUCGGUUCGUCAGCGUGGACACGGCGUUGUCAAGGAUGGAGGACGAGAAGGAUGAAUUGCAGGCGAACUCGGAAGACGCUGAUCCUUGCGACAGCAGCGCGGAAUUGAAGGAACGACUGGUGGCAAGUGGGAACGACAAAUCGACGCUGCUCAAAGCGAAGAGCUGUGGUGCGGGACUAGAUUCCGACGAGAGUAUCUCGUCGAACGAGUAUAAGCCGAAGUCAAGGGAGCAAGGCUCGUUGCUUUCGCUUCCAACGGGCGCCGAGCCUAAGCGAAAGAAAAACUUUAUGGACAAAUGCGUGAACAAAGUGCGGUCUUUCAUGCGGAAGUAACUCACGGAAAGAUGAGUUACGAGGUGAUACAAAGACUUAUUAUUUAAUUUUGUAAUAUAUCAACGAAUUCUUAUAGAUCGAACUCGGCGACACCGGACCGUUUGCGAUGUUUCGUAUGUAUUCGCUCGUGGUUAAAAACUCCUUCUACUCUCCGUAUUAGAGGAGUUUCGCGUCUUCGGGAUGUACAGACUCGGUGAACAGUAUUUCCUUUCUCCGUUUUUUUAUCUCGACGAUUUAUUGUAUAAUGAAUGUAAAUAUUUAAGACGUUCAAAGGAAAUAAGGACGAAGAACGAAUCAAAUAAAACGAGAUUUUUGAGAAAACUCGGUUAUCUGCGAACAUAAACGAUAUUUGCACAGCAUAUUUGUACAGCGAAUAAGAAAAAAUAUUACGCGACUUAUCGUGAUUUCUCGAUUGUAUAAUGACAGGCAGCAUGAAUGUGUAACUAAUGUCGUGCCUAUUAAAAAGUGUCUUCGUAGAAAUUCAGAAUUAGGAGAUUUCGAGAUUUUUCUCCGAUAUACAUAUGUAUACACGAAAAAGGGUAGCCUGCUUUUUUCAGGUGGCUUUCAUAUUUCCUUAUCAAAUUGUAUUAUAUAUAUAAUCGCACGCAUAUGAUAAACGCGUAGGUAGAUAGCAUUGUUAUUUGUAAUACUAUUUUUUAGUCUGUUUUAAUUUCUCGUUAGGAUAUCGUAAAGUAACGUUCCGCUCGCGGUACAUAUCGCGAGUGAUGGCAACUAACCCCUACGAAAUAAAAACGAAGAAAAAACAAAUUUUAACAUUUACACUAUUUUAUCUAUUAAUAAGCGUUUUUACUGUAUCACACUUUUAAUUAAGUAAUUGUCCUCCCUGUUAGCGAACAAAAUUCACCAACGUAAUGAAUCUUUUAAAGUUUCAGCAAAUCGUACUAUUUUAAUUAAAAAUUUUAAUGUUUCUCACGUGAAUUACAUAAAAGAAAAAGAAAUCGGAUAUAAUAUUUUGUAUGACUGAAACGUUGAGAUUUUUGAAAAUUAUACUUGCCUAGAAAAUUUGCAACUAUCUCUCGAAAGUGUAACUAUCCCUUCAACAAUAAAAUGCAUAUAAUUUGAACGGA